CAGUCGAAGAUUUUUUUACUGUGAAAUUGUUUUAAGUUGUUUUGGCAUUUUUACUUCAUAAUAUGACACAAAAUCAUUUAAAUAUUGCCUGUAUUAAGAUAUUAUUAAUUGAAGAGGAGAAUGACUGAAAAAUGUCUUCAGUCUAAGAGAAUUAUUGUUGAUCAAAACCACUUGCUGAGAAGUCAGAAUUUUACUGCCACGUAUCUCGUACAUAAAUGGAUCGUAGAUUAUUUGGCUUCCAACAGCUUGCCGUUGCUGCCAAGACUCUAGGACUAGUGGUGUUCUUUUACACGUUCUCUAUAAGCCUUACCUUUUAUAAUAAAUGGAUGAUGAAGAGAUUUCAUUUCCCGCUAUCAGUGUCUGUCACUCAUUAUACCAUGGUCUUCAUAAUGGCAUCAUUCUUGAGAUGUUACUGGGAAUUCAGAAAGGGAAAGAAAAGAAUCAUUCUCAGUUGGUCUGAUUAUCUCAAAAGGGUUUUCCCAGCUGCUGUGGCAAGUGCACUUGAUAUUGGGCUUUCAAACUGGAGUUUCAUGUUCAUCACAGUGUCUCUGUAUACCAUGACUAAAUCCACAAGUAUUAUUUUCAUUCUUAUAUUUGCGUUGCUGUUCAGAAUUGAAAGUUGGCAUAUAUCAUUAGUGGCGAUUGUUGCACUUAUCUCAGGAGGUCUGUUCAUGUUUACUUAUCAAUCAACACAAUUCAAUUCUGAAGGGUUUUUCAUUUGUUUGACAGCUUCAGCACUCAGUGGAAUACGAUGGACAUUAACACAAAUAAUCAUGCAAAAAGAUAGUUUAGGACUUCACAAUCCAAUAGACACUAUAUAUCACAUACAGCCCCUAAUGGCAAUGUCCCUGGCACCUUUGGCAUUUUUUAUAGAAGGUCAUGAAAUGGUGUUAUCUCCUCAUUUAUUUAAUGCACCCAACUUACACGAGGCUUUGAUAUCAGCUUCUAUGGUCUUUGUUGGUUGUUUCCUAGCAUUCAUGCUCAGUCUUUCUGAAUUUCUUCUCCUCUCUCACACAUCAAGCCUCACUUUAUCUAUAUCAGGCAUCUUUAAGGAAGUCUGUACAUUAUCUUUAGCAACAGAAUUUGGUGGGGACAAAAUGAAUGCCGUUAAUUUUGUUGGACUCAUCUUGUGCCUAUCUGGGAUAGCUGUUCAUGUGGUUACCAAGGCCACUAAAGAUAACAAGGAAAAAGAAACUAAGAAAGUUAAGUAUGAUAAAAUGACACCAGAAGAAGCCGUGCAGAUGCUUCCUUUGACACAAGAUGAGGAUGACAAUCAAUAUUAGGAUUAUGAAAAUUAAUAUCAAGUAUGUAAAAGUGCUCAAUUGCAAAUCAUUGUCAGGUUUUUAAAUACAUCUAACAUACAGUAGAUCGAAGCUGAGACCAAAAUGGUACAUAUUAAUUAGAUGUGUCUAGCGAUACAAGUUGUGGGGUGUUCAUUGUUGCACUCACUGGCAGAGAGCAUGGAGGCUUUUAACGUUUCAUAUUUACUGUUUAAUAAAAUGAAUACUCAGAGGUUAAUUUGACAUUUCCCAGACUACCUUUCAGUUCAGUCUCAGGUUGUAUGUUUUGAGCCUGACAGUGUCAGAUUUUGCAAUUGAAAGUACAUAAUUUAUAUAUUAUAUUUUAAAAAUUAUAAAAUAUAUCUGCCAUCUUUAUAUCAGAGGACAGAGACACGCUCACACAAAUUCAUUUUUAAAAAAUAUUUUAUAAAAUAGCAACGAAUAUAAAACAGCUGUUUAUGUGACUCUCUGUACUACUGUGAUAUAAACACUUAGGAGCUACAUGUAUAGAGUAUUCUAAUAGCAAGAGAAACACUUGGCCAUGUCUGGUUUUCUAAGCUUGCUUCUCUAAUGUUUUAUAGCUCCAGCAUGUUUAUUUCACAGUACAGAGCAUGUUUAUUUCACAGUACAGAGACGUGUGUAUAUAUUAAAUAUAUACACAAACACAAAAUGGUCAGAUAAUAGAUAGUGAAUUUACCAUGUUUGCUCAUAAAUUAUGCAGACAGUGGAUGUCAAUAUCAUCAGCCUUGGUUUUGGCAGAGGUAAUAUGACCUAAUGGACCUGAUAACUGUUUCUUUAUAUUGAUAUCCUUUAUAUAAUGCAGUUCCAAUUAAGUACAUACUUUUUGUAUGUUUUAAUAAUGAUUAUAAUUAUAUCAAAUAUUGAAUGAACAUUUUUUCACAAAUGGAUUAUUGCAGGUUCAAUUGUAAUUUC